AUGUACAACAAGUACAGGGACCCGAAAAAAUAUUGUGACUUUCACAGGGAUCAUGGUCACCUGACAGAGGAAUGCACUCACCUCAAAGACAACAUUGAAGACCUGAUUCGAAGGGGAUAUCUAACGCAGUUCAAAGCAAAAAACUCAUAUAGUAGAACGUAUGAGAAUAGAGACAAUGAUAGUAAGUUUGAAAGUAAGAGGGUAGACCACAAGCAAAGCCAGCCAACAGACCAGAAAAGGCCAGGGGAUAUACUAGUCAUAAAAGGAGGACCAGUUUACGCCGGGACUACGACUAGCGGUGCUAAGGCUAGCGUGAACGAGUUCAGGCAUCAGGUCAACUACCAUAACGCAGGCAAAUGGCCUGCCCCUCCGAGGAUCCCACAUUGCACCUUCACAGAGGAUGAUUGCAAAGAUAUAAUAUACCCCCACGAUGGUCCCAUGGUGUUAGCCUUGAAUGUUGCUAACAGGAAAAUCCAUCGUAUUCUAAUAGAUGGAGGUAGUUCUGCGAAUAUCUUGUUCUGGCCAGCCUUUCAAGAACUGCAAAUCGAUGACAAUCAUAUAAAACCAGUUAACUACCCGGUAAUUUGCUUCACAUGGGUAUCAGUGGUACCAGAAGGAAUAGUAAGUCUACCGGUUCAAGUCGGGCAAGGAAGAGACAUCAAGGAUGUCAUGGUAGAUUUCAUGAUAGUAAAAGUUCCUGCAGCCUACAAUGCCAUCUUGGGCAGACCAUUCAUUCAUGAUGCAGGAGCCGUAGUCUCUACUUAUCACCUCACGAUGAUACCUCCACCCCUGAUAGAAGAAGAACUUCCCCAGUCUAGGAAGCGAAAAAGAGAAGAACGUAAAAGAGAUACACGGUUGAGUAUGGAAAACUUUGAGCAUCGUGAGGAAGGGUUGUUGAAGCCUACACCUGCAGAGGAAACCGAAGAGAUAGAGUUGGAAGAAGGGGUGAAAGAUAGAACAAAGAGGAGCUUCUCUGCGGAGAAUAAUGUAGCCAUCCAGGAGGAGGUCAACAAGCUGUUAGCAGCCAAGUUCAUAGAGGAAUGCGACUAUCUAGAAUGGCUGGCUAACGUUGUGAUGGUCAAGAAAGCAAAUGGCCAGUGGCGGAUGUGUGUAGAUUUCACAGACUUGAACAGGGCCUGCCCAAAGGACUGCUACCCACUCCCUGGGAUAGACCAACUGAUCAGUUUAUUGGAAUCAGAUCGUAAGAAGGCUGCUUUUAUCACAGAGGCAGGGGUCUAUAAUUAUAAAGCCAUGCCAUUCGGGUUGAAAAAUGACGGGGCGACGUACCAGAAGCUUGUAGACAAGAUAUUCGCAGGGAAAAAAGGUCGAAACGUCAAGGUGUACGUGGAUGACUCCAUAGUAAAAAGUAAAAAGGGGUCAGAUCACGUUGAGGAUCUGCGAGAAACAUUUGCAACACUGAGGCGGUAUGGCAUAAAGCUCAACCCAAAGAAAUGUGUUUUUGGGGUUAAGUCGGGAAAAUUUCUGGGUUUCUUGGUCAGUGAAAGAGGAAUUGAUGCCAACCUGGAAAAGGUGGAGGCCAUAUUGAACCUACCAGAGCCAAAAAGCAUUCAUUAG